UUAAAUGCUAUAAGGCACAUUGAGUUUGGUUUCUUACACUUGGUUCCGGAGUUUUUUCUCAAAAUGUAUGACUCUGUGUUUCCAAAUUAAUUUUGACAUUCUCACAUUACCACAUUAUGGAAAGAACUUCUCGAGCUCUUUCUAAUACCAUAAGAUUCGUUGGUCUACUUGGUAGUCAUGCUCUUGGUAGCAAUCCGAGGUUCAUGGCUACAGCGGUUGAUCUAGGACGUGAAUUGGUAAGGCGAAAAAUCAGGCUUACCUACGGAGGAGGCAACGUUGGCCUUCAAGGAGCUGUAGCUUCAACGCUCUAUAAUAAUGGUGGUAGAGUCAGAGGUUUCAUACCAGGGUAUAUAGCAACACGAGGGGUCUAUGGACCAACAUAUGGUGCGGAGUACACCGUUUCCAGCAAUUACUAUAAGUAUUUCGAGAUGAAUCAUAUUGUGGAAGCCUUCAUUGUACUUCCUGGAGGGAUUGACACUAUCGAAGGUUUGUUCACCUUAAUCUCAUGGGCAUCUGAAGGGUUGCACAGCAGACCUAUUGGUCUCUUAAACAUUGACGGUUAUUUCAAUAACCUAAUCAAGUUUCUAGAUGAUGCGGUGAGGCAGAACUUCAUGGCUUUGAAUCAGAGGAAACUGUUCAUUUCUUCUUUCUUUGUUGAUGAGCUUUUGGACAAGCUAGAGUUUGCUAAGGCUUUCCCAGGUCCUCGUGCUAGUUAUGAAGAGUUUGCAAAUCCUGGAAGCUUAGACUUAGAGUUGCAUUUGUAAUAUUUCCAAGUUGAAAUAAUAUUAUCCAUGUACAUUACGUGUCAGUUAUAAAUAUCGUUCUAAGCUGCAUGACCAGUGCAUUUCAGAAGAAUAUUUAUUUCUAACAUCAAAAAGUACCAUGUAAAUAUUAAUCCUUUUCUUUAUCUUCCAGUCUUUCACUAUUGGUGUGACUGUUUCACAUCUUGUUUUGUAUUGUCAUCU